AUGUCAUCAAUUGCGCCUUCGAAUUUGCGAGAUAGACAAAUCGAGAUCUUGGAGCAUAUGCUUCAUUUAAAUAAAGAAGGAUCAGCCGAUUUGACACUUGCUUCAAAAAGUGAAGAAAUUAUUUGGAAAGUUUUGGUAUUGGAUAAUAAAUCAAGAGGUGUAAUAUCUUCCGUAUUAAGAGUGAAUGAUUUAUUAAGAUGUGGAAUCACCGUCCAUUCUUUAAUCAAUUCAAAUAGAUCUCCAUUGCCUGACGUUCCUGUCAUUUAUUUUGUUGAACCAACAAUUGAAAAUAUAUUGCAAAUUAUUGAUGAUCUUAAUCAAGAUAAAUAUGAUUCAUUUUAUAUAAAUUUUACCACUUCAAUCAAUAGAGAACUCUUGGAGGAAUUUGCUAAGAAAGUUUCUGUUUCAGGAAAAUCUUUCAAAAUUAAACAAGUUUAUGAUCAAUAUCUUGAUUUUAUUGUUACUGAACCAAAUUUAUUUUCAUUAAAUUUACCUCGAAUUUUCACAAGAUUUAAUACCGCUGGAACUGAUGAAGAUACAAUUCAUCAAUUGGUCGAUAGGAUUGCUCAAGGUUUACUUUCAACUAUUAUAGCUAUGGAUACUGUCCCAGUAAUACGGGCACAACAACAUGGACCGGCAGAAUUUGUAGCUUCUCAAUUGGAUUUGAAACUAAGAGACUACUUGAGCAAUUCAAGAAAUACUGGAGCCGGUAGUAGUCAAUCGAUACAUCAGAGACCUGUUUUGAUAUUGUUGGAUAGGAACUUUGAUUUAACUUCGAUGUUUUCCCAUUCAUGGAUUUAUCAAUGUAUGGUUAGUGAUGUUUUCACAUUACAAAGGAAUACCAUCAAGAUUAGAAAAUAUACAAAGGAAUCAACAGAUCCAUCUAUAAAGAGUUAUGAUGUUGAUCCUAGAGAUUUCUUCUGGAAUAAAUAUUCUCAAUUACCAUUUCCAGAUGUGGUAGAGAAUGCAGAUGCCGAAUUGAAUGCUUAUAAAAAUGAUGCAAAAGAAGUUACCAGUAAGACAGGUCUUAGUUCUUUACAUGAUAUCGAUCCAAAUGCCAAUGAUACCGCCAAUAUCCAACAAGCAGUUGAGAAAUUACCUGAAUUGACUGCAAGAAAAGCAACUCUAGAUAUGCAUAUGGAUAUAUUAGCAGCACUUAUUAGUGAAUUACAAGCUAAAACUUUGGAUAAAUUUUUCGAAAUUGAACAAAAUGCAAAUGAUCCCAAAGAAUUGAAGGAAUUCCUUGAUUUAUUGCCAAUAGACAGUGAAAGAGAUAGUUCCUCAGAUAAAUUGCGUACUUUAAUUAUAUUGACAUUAGUUGCUGAUGUAGGGUCAGAGUAUGUCUCUAAAGCCAAACAAAUUUUUAGAGAUAAAUAUCCCCAUAUUGACUUGUCAGCUCUUGAUUAUAUUCUUAAAUUCAAGGAAAAUUCAAAGUUGGCCAACUUAACUUCGUUAAGUAAUAGUGCAUCACAAAAGAACUCUUAUAACAAUCAACAAGCAAACUUGAAUUCAUCGGCUCUUUUAAGUGGGUUAUCAUCGAAAUUGUAUGGAUUAACUGAAGGUAGAAUUUCAGAAGGAUUAAGUUCUAUAGCAACAAGAAUAAAGAGUUUUAUCCCAGAAAAGAAACAAUUACCAAUCACUAAUAUAAUUGAAGCAAUUAUGGAACCAAAUAAUGCUUCGGCAAAUUAUGUUCAAUUAACCGAUGAAUAUUUAUAUUUGGAUCCAAAAUCAAGAGGGGGUCAUUCAAAACCACCAAGAAGGCAAUCCUAUCAAGAAGCGUUUGUAUUUGUUGUUGGAGGAGGUAACUAUCUAGAAUAUCAAAACUUACAAGAAUGGGCUUCUGAACCGGGGAAGUCACCCAGGAAAGUUGUAUAUGGAAGCACGGACAUUAUUUCUCCAACUGGCUUCAUAGAAGAAUGUAAUGAGUUGGGCAAAAACUAG